AUGUCCAUCACAAGAGAUGCUAUCUGGGCCCCUCUCCCUACCACUAGAAGAGGUCAUUCUGUUCAGUUGUCUUAUGACAAAAAAUCGAACCGUAUCGCAUAUGCCGCAAAUAAGUCCAUUCACGUUAGAUCUGUCGAAAAGCCUGAAGAAAGCAUUCAAUACACUUCUCAUACCACCACUACCACAGUGGCUAAAUUUUCUCCUUCCGGAUUUUACAUUGCUUCAGGUGAUUCCAAUGGUGUUGUACGAGUUUGGGAUUGUGUUGGGGAGGAUUUGAUUACCAAGGGUGAAUAUCACGUCAUCUCUGGCAGAAUCAAUGAUAUUGCUUGGGAUGCUGAUAGUCAGCGUAUCAUUGCUGUUGGUGAUGGAAAGGAAAGAUAUGGUCACUGUUUCACUGCUGAUUCUGGCAACUCUGUGGGUACAAUUAGUGGUCACUCUAACAUUGUCAAUGCUGUUGAUAUUCGUCCUGUGCGUCCCUACAGAGCCGCUACAGUUUCUGAUGAUAGCUCUCUUGUUUUCCUUCAUGGUCCUCCCUUUAACUUCAAUUCCUCUGUCAAGGGGAAGCACACCAGUUUUAUUCAUGACGUUAAGUUUUCACCCAAUGGUGAGUACAUUGUCACAGUUUCUGCGGACCACAAGGUUGCCCUUUAUGAUGGCAAGACUGGCGAGUUUAAAAGCUUUGUUGGCGAAGAAGAGGGCCACUCUGGUAGUGUGUUUGCAGCUUCUUGGUCUCCUGAUUCUAAGACUUUUGCCACUGCUUCUGCUGAUGCUACCAUUCGUUUAUGGGACGUGGAGACUGGCAAAUCCACCAAGGUUUGGACUUUUGAAAAGUCAGUUCCCAACCAGCAGGUUGGUGUUGUUUUUGCUGGCGAUUACAUCAUUUCUCUUUCUCUUUCAGGUGAGCUUAACUACCUCACAUUGGACUCAGAUACCCCUGUUAAGGUGAUUAGUGGCCACCAAAAGAACAUCACAUCUCUUUCUGUUUUCCCUGAUUCUCCCAAAGACCUUUACACAGGGUCUUUUGAUGGUAAGGUUGUUCAAUGGGAAAUCAAGACUGGAAAAUCUGCUACUGUCGAGGGAGAUGGUCAUGAUACACUUGUGACUGCUCUCCUGCCAUCUUCUGAUGGAACUACUACCUGGUCUAUUUCUUGGGAUGAUACCCUCAAGGCCUUAUCAGGAACCAAGUUUAAGAGCAACAUUGUGGCUUCUCUUGGUGCUCAGCCCGUGUCUGCUUCUAAUGAUGACGAUAUUUUGACCAUUGUUACUGAAAAUAGUCUUCAGGUUUACGAUAACGCUACCGGCAAGCAGAUUGCUACAAAGACUCUUCCAUUUUCUGCCAGCUCUGUUGGCGUCAGUGUUGCUGCCGGCUUGAUUUCUGUUGGUAGAGCCGGUGACUAUGGCAUUAGCUUAUUUAACAUUAAGGAUCUUUCCGAUGCAGAUUCCUCUUCUACCAAGCUCCCCAAUCUCCGAUCAAUUCCUAGUAACACUUCGUUUUCUCCUGAUGGAAAAUACCUUGCAGUUGGCACAAGCUCUGGUAAGAUUACAUUGUACAAUGUCGCUGAACGAAGUCUUAAGACGGCCCGAUGGGCUUCGCACUCGAGUCGUGUCACGAGUAUUUCAUGGCACCCGUCUGGGGAGUAUGCCGCUACUGGUGCUUCUGAUGCCGAUGUUUACAUUUUCUCUUUGAACACGCCUGGCAAGGUUAUUAAGAACUUGAGAGCACAUAAGGACGGAGUCAAUGCAGUUGCCUGGACUAGUCCAGAAACUCUUGCUACUGUUGGCGCUGAUGCCACGGUCAAGACUUGGACUGUUAAGUUUAAUUAG